AGUACGCGAAUAAAGUCAGACAUUUAAAUGUAGUUAAAUUUCGAAAUGAACGAAACCGCGAACGUUGUAAAGACGACGGUCAAACCUCUCUCUAUAUAUAAAAAUGAAACAGUGGACGACGAAGACAGUCUUUUACUCCACAAUAUAGUCUAUAUGUGUGCUUAUUCUCUGACGGGAAUCUUAGCUCUGUUCGGAAAUAUCGUAGUUGUUUACGUAGUUUUUCGUUUACCGAAGAUGCGAACUUUUGUCCAUAUUUUAUUGGCCAACAUGGCUGUAUCUGAUAUCAUGUGUGCGCUUAGUUUUUUCACUGGACUGAUACUCUGCUCGGACUCCACCAUCAACAGUGCAGGACAUAACGGUUUCUGCGUAACAAAUAAGGCUAUACAGCUGUUAACCUUCCAAGUCACCUCUUUCACAAUGACUGUCAUUGCCUUGGACAGAUGGUUAUCUGUAUUCUUUCCCUUUCGACACACUAAAGUCAGCCGACAAAAUCAGGCUUUAGUGAAGGUAAUAGUUGGAAUUUGGAUCGGCUCAUUGGUAAUUAUUUUAGGAACAUCACCUUCGUUGGCUUAUCAACGAUACUUUAAUUUCAAUGGACCGCUCAUUAAAUGUGAGAUAUCAAAGGUGUUUCAAGUGUCUGGAUCAACAUUGGAAAGUGAAAGAGUUCAGUUAAUGAUUGCAAAUGUCGCACAUUUCUGGUUACCACUCGGUGUGAUAACUGGAGCUUAUGGAUCAAUUGCAUUAAGAGUGUGGAAACGUAAACUGGGCGAUGAUCUGACACAAUCGCAACUCCAUCUAAUUAUUGUUCAGAAAUGGAAGACAAUAAAAAUGCUCAUAGCUACUGUAGUGGUAUUUGUAGCGUGUUGGCUCCCAUUUUUCAUCUAUAAUUUCAUUACAUUCAAAUCAGAUGGAUCGAAGAAACGUCCCUGCAAUCAAAAUUUAUUAUUCCUUCUAGUUAUAUGGAUAGCAUUUAGCAGUUGCUGCUCCAACCCUUUGGUAUAUUGGAUUUACAACGAAACCUAUCGCAAUGGUAUCGUAAUGGUCUUACAGUUACUUACAUGUAAAAAAAGCAGCAUGUCAUCUUUGGACAUCAAUUCAUCCAAAACAUCUUCAGCUCGUAUUAAAUCUGUUACUCUCAUAUGAAGCGCGAAUCUCGUCAGAUUUUAUUCACUUCAUUCUUUGCAAUUGAUUUGUUGAUUAAA